UCCCAACCCACUUAAUUCAGAAUCCCAUGUGCGUGGCGAUCCCUAAUCUCCCACUGAAUCGCCGCAGUUUGAUGCCUCUUGAUAAGAAAACGAAUCAAACCGGUUGCUGGCCAACUGACUGAUGCCACCAAGAUGCUGCCUGAUUUUGGCUGAUUGCCGUCUGGCUAAAACAAACGGCCAGCUGUCGGCAAUCGGGAACCGAUCGUCGCGGAGAACACAACGCUCGUGGAGAAUGACGGCCAAGAUGAAGUUGCGGUCCCAGCUGCAUCUGCUCACUGGUUUCAUGGCGGGAUUCGUGCUGGCCUUCGUGCUGCUUCUCUACGUCUACGAUGUCAGCAGGGUGACGCCUUGCUGGAGCAGCACCUCCACCAUGUCCACGGCCACAACGGCUAGGAUUGAGGAUGAUCCACCACCGCGCGUUCUGUGCAUGGUGCUCACCUGUCCGGAGAACGUGCACAGCCUGGCCAGGAGUGUCUACGAGACCUGGGGCCAGCGCUGCAGCCGCCUGAUCUUCGCUAGCAGCGAGGACUACGAGCCACUGGGCGUGGUCGGGGUGGUGGAGCCAGCUGGCGGUGGCUACGAGGAUCUGUGGAACAAAACGCGCGAGGGAUUCCGCCACGUUUGGGAGAACUACGCUGGCGACUACGAUUGGUUCCUUAAGGCGGACGAUGAUACCUACGUGGUCAUGGAGAAUCUGCAGCACCUGCUCCGUGGCUUCGAUCCGGAUACGCCCGUCUUCUUUGGCUACAAGAUGUCGCGAUACAAUGUGUUUCGCUUUUUCGAAGCUGUUAAAAUUAUUUCUUCCGAUCGAAGCCAAAAUGCUCCCGGCGAAAAGAGUUUCUUACGGUCAAUAAAUUUUAAUUAGUCUAUAAUUAUUCAGAGCGAGUGAGCAUAUCAUAAUGAUUUUCAACAGUUUUAUAGCUAUAUCGCCUAAUAAUUAUUUAGUUAGUUAAUUAAAUUGAACAAAAGGCGGUAAUUAAAGCACUUUGAAUUUGGGCGGAGUGCUUUUACGAUAUUUGCCGGAGAAAUGUGCUAAUCCCGGAAUGGAUCUCUUUGUUGGAAGAACCGGUCCCCUAUUGUGAGUGUAAUUUUCAAAUAUCCAAUAGCGAUUUAUUGUGCAUUGUCUGGCGGUAAACAAGCAUUAAAUCUAUUAUUGGUGCGAUGAUAUCACGCCUAGCAGUUAACUUCUCUACUGGCCAAAAGCUUCUUGUCUUCUCUCGGCAUUUUCCGUGCGCAUAGAUCAAGUGGAGGGAAAUUAAAUUCGCAUUAACCAUUAGCCAUCCGAGCUGCAGUCUGCGCAGACUAAUGGCAGUGACUCACCUGAGGUCAUCGCGAUCACCUGUCACGCAUCUUUCACAGCCGCGCCUUUUGGGCAGCAAGCGCGGAUUUACCUCGCCACUUGGCAUUUCCAAGAGUUGAGCAAGCUCUUGGUGAGCCGAAGUACAUCUGGACAUCUGGGCUGAAUAAAUAAGUAAAGUCAAUGGAUGAGUUACUGAGGAGAGACUAAGAUGUUAAAACGUUUUCUUUGUUUCAGCUUCUGCAUCAUCACACACAUUUUGAAUAGUUUAUCUGACGGAUUGAUUAUUCCUAAUGCAUCAUAAAUGUUUAAUGAUUGGUGAUUGAUUACAGUGAUUAUUUCGCACGACUCUGCUUAUCAUUAUGUUUUAUUUAAGUUUUGAAUAGCGUUCGGAUACCAAACCAAUUAACAUAUUUUUAUGCUCGCAUGAAUUAUGCAUCCACUACCAGGUUUUUUAAGAUUUGGGGUAUAAUCGC